CUUAGUCGAUCGAAAACAGUUAGUCUGUGCUAGUGUUUCAUAAAGACCACACCUUUAAGAUGUUUAAAAAAAUAUUUGUAUGUUUAUUAGUGUUACAUACGUGUAAUCUAGUAUAUAGUAUACGAAAUUGCAAUGAUUGUCAAAUUUACUACUCAUGCAAGGCAGCAGUUGAUCAUGCUCGGUUGAAGCAAAACGAUGAAACCAAACAGCUAUUUGAGAAAGCCGUGUGUGGAACGGAAAUUGAAGACGGAGAUUCCGUAAUUAAGGUAUGCUGCUCAGACUUUCCCAGCUUAAAUACUAGACCAAAACCAACUCCUCCGGGCAAAAAUAUAGAAAAUAGAUGGGCAGGAAUGAAUAAAGAAAACUUGCUGCCGGAUAGAUGUGGCAGUAUUUUGGGAAAUCGAAUUUUUGGAGGCAGAAAAGCUAAACUAUAUGAAUUUCCAUGGAUGGUACUUAUCUCUUAUAAAACACGCGAAGGUCCACAAUUUCAAUGUGGUGGAACUAUCAUAAACUCCAAAUAUAUCCUGACAGCGGCUCAUUGUGUCGUUGAUAAGAAAAUCGAAGGUGUCAGAAUAGGAGAGUUUGACAUUAAUUUGGAUAGAGAUUGUGAAUAUGAACCCGACAAAGUUAUCUGUGAAGAUCAUAUUCAGGAUAUGUAUGUCAAAGAAAAAAUACCACAUGAAAAUUACCAAAGAUCACCGACCUUGAAUGACGUAGCGUUGCUGCGAGUAGACGGCGAGAUCUUCUUAAACUACACAAACGUGGAACCAAUCUGUCUACCAAUAUCCUCUUCACUACGUAGCAAAAGUCUAGAUAAUAAAAACGGUACAGUAGCUGGAUGGGGUUACACUGAAACUGGCCGAGAAUCUGCAAUAUUAUUGAGAGUCGAAGUUCCUGUGAAAACUGAAGCUGAAUGUAAAGCCUACUACAACAGAAAUAACCGGGAUGCCGUUAAGAAACAAUUCUGCGCAGGAGAACUCAAAAAGGACUCUUGUAAUGGUGAUUCCGGAGGACCUCUAAUGAUGAAAGCUAACUACAACGGUGUUAAUAGUUAUGUCCAGUAUGGAAUCGUGUCGCACGGUCCAAUGCAAUGUGGAUCGUCGUUCCCAGGCGUUUACACAGAUGUCAGAGAAUACGUCGAUUGGAUAUUAAAUAACAUGAAAGAAUGGAAUUGCAGUGAUUGUCAACUAUUUACCUCAUGCAAUGCAGCUAUAGACCACGCUCGCCUUAAACGGCAUAAUGAUACGAGGAAGCUUUUCCUGAAUGCCUUCUGUGGUUCGGAAACUCAAGACGGCGUUAUGCGUCCCAAGGUAUGCUGCACAGACUUCCAAGCACUUUUAAGGCCCCCUUUAGACCAAACAAACGAUGCAGCUGAGAGGUUAUUACCAAAAAAGUGUGGAACUAUUCUGUCAUCCAGGCUUCUUGGAGGGCGAAGAAGUUCGCCUAGUCAGUAUUCAUGGACAGCCUUAAUCGCCUACAAAACACGUGACGGACUUCAAUUCCAGUGUGGUGGAAGUGUCGUAAACUCAAAAUAUAUUCUAACAGCGGCUCACUGCGUUCUGGACAAGAAGAUAGAAGGUGUGAGGAUAGGAGAAUACAACACUACGCCAGAUAGAGACUGUGACGACUCACCAAAUUUUUCAUGUGCUGAUCAUGUUCAGGAUUUUCUUGUCGAAAUUGUUAUCCCUCAUGAAAAGUAUGACAAAUCAACGCAUUUAAACAACAUCGCUUUAUUGCGAAUUGAAGGCGAGAUCGACUUUGAUAACACUAAUAUCGAACCAAUCUGUCUACCGACAUCUACAGUCCUACGUAGCAAGGAGCUGGAUAAUACAAUUGGUGUCGUAGCUGGUUGGGGCUAUAGAGAAACAGGCCACGAAUCUUCUGUGUUAGAACAUAGUCAUAUACACCUUAUUACCAACGCUGAGUGCUCAAAUUUGUAUAAGAAACAUGAUCCUAUAAAUCAGUUCUGCGCCGGAAACCUGAAUGAGAAUUCUUGUAUUGGAGACUCGGGUGGUCCCUUCAUAAUAGCAAGUGAUUAUAAUGGAACAUACCGUUAUGUUCAAUAUGGGAUUAGGUCAUUUGGACCAGUGUCGUGCGGAAAUCAUUUUCCAGCUGUAUUUACUGAUGUUAGAAAAUACGUUGAUUGGAUUUUAGACCAUAUACGAGAAUAAUAUUACUGUUUUUUGUUUUUAAUUAAUUAAAAAACAUUUUCUUUUA